AUGGCCGAAGAGGAGGAUUAUAGCUCCAUCCCGCUGCCCGAUCGCUUCACUCAUAAGGUGUGGAAAGUUCGAAAAGGAGCCUACGAAGAAGCUGCCAAACAAUUCGCCCUUACUCCCGACGAGUCCGAUCCUUUUUUCCGUCCGUUCCUGAGUGAUGUCGGCCUCUGGAAGUCCGCAGUACUAGACGCCAAUGUCGUUUCACAGCAAGAGGGCGUAAUUGCCCUCUGUGCCUUUCUCAAAUACGCGGGACGAGACGCCGGCCUCCGGACACGCAACCACACAGUUAGUCCGAUUGUCGAAAAGUGUCUUUCAAGCUCGAGAGCUGCGACCAAACAGAACGCGAUCGAGGCUCUCCUUCUCCAUGUUGAACUGGAUGUCGCUGGUCCAGUAAUUGAGGACAUCUUGCCUGGACUUGGUCACAAGACCCCAAAGAAUGUUGCUGCGACCCUUAACGCCCUGACUCAGAUUGUUCACAACUAUGGUUGCAAAAUCGUUGAUCCAAAGCCCAUACUCAAGGCACUACCGAAAGCUUUUGGUGCUGCAGACAAAAACGUGCGAGCCGAGGCUACAAAUCUUACUGUCGAGUUGUAUAGAUGGCUGCGUGAAGCCAUGAAGCCUCUCUUUUGGGGAGAGUUGAAGCCUACACAACAAAGCGAUCUCGAAGCCCAGUUUGAAAAGGUCAAAGCGGAACCUCCACCUAAGCAAGAGCGUCUUCUGCGCUCUCAGCAAGAAAUUGUUGAGGCCGCACCUGAGGCUGGUGGUGACGGGUACGACGAAGGUGGUGAUGAGCAAGAAGGUGGUGAAGAAAUGGAUGCCUUUUCCUUGGCGGAACCUAUCGAUAUCAGCAAGAAGAUUGCCCCCAACUUUACAGAUCUUCUAGCUUCCUCAAAGUGGAAAGACCGUAAAGAGGCUGUUGACGGUCUAUACGAAGCCCUCAAUGUUCCUCGCAUCAAGGAGACCGACUUUGGAGAAGUCAAUCGAGGUCUCGCAAAAUGCAUGAAGGAUGCCAAUGUUGCUGUUGUUACACAAGCUGCACUUUGCAUUGAACUUCUAGCCAAGGGACUCCGGCAAGGGUAUGCCAAAUAUCGUGCCGUCGUCAUGCAGCCGAUCAUGGAGCGCCUCAAGGAGAAGAAACAGACUGUUUCUGAUGCUUUAGGGGCCGCUCUCGACGCUGUGUUUGCUUCUUCUAGCUUUUCCGACUGUAUGGAAGACAUCACGACUGCUCUUGGUAACAAGAAUCCUCAAGUCAAAGAAGGUACCAUGAAAUUCCUCAUCAGGUGCUUGUGUACAACUCGAGACGUACCGACCAAACCCGAAAUUUCUGCUGUUUGUGAGUCUGGAAAGAAGCUUCUUGCUGAGUCAACUCCUGUCUUGCGCGAUGGUGGUGCCGAGAUUCUCGGCACCGUCAUGAAGAUUAUCGGAGAGCGAGCCAUGACACCCCUCAUUGAGGGAUUAGAUGACAUUCGAAAGACGAAGGUGAAGGAAUUCUUCGCUAGCGCACAAGUCAAGGCAAAGGAAAAGCCAAAACCCGCGCCUGCACCAAAGGCUGCGCCAGCCGGAGCCAAAAAGGUGGCUGGAGGCAAACGCCCAGUCGCAAAGAAAACCGCCCCAACUAUGCCCGCUACAGAGCCACCAGCUAUGCCGGCCCAGGCCCCUCCAAAGCCUGUAGGCCCUGGAAGCAAGCUAGGCAUGCCCAAAUCGUCUGGCCUUGGCGGCCUGAAGGCGCCUCAAAAGCGAACGUUGGCAGCGCCAGGCACAGCAUCACCUCGCAGACCAGCAGCAGGCCCCCCCAUCAUGCCUUCUGAUGAUGAACCUGUCGCAGCGCCGCCCCAGCCCCGCAUUGGAGCAUCACGCGGUCUGGCCGGACGCUCGCUCGCCAAGCCGGCUGCUGCACCAUCUAUGCCUCCGCCAGACUCGCCUCCCCCUAUGACUGGUUUCAGCGCCGUUGAGCGCGCUGAGCUCGAAGAGCUUCGAGCAGCCAACGAGAGACUCACACGACAGGUGGAUGACAUGAGGCAAGAGAGGAGCAAGUUCCUGUCUGAGAUUCAGGAGCUGAAGAACCAAAACGCCGGUCUAAUAGAAGACCACACUCGCGAUGUCCUCAGCAUCAAGGCCAAAGAAACACAGCUCGUCCGAGCCCGGAGUGAUGCUGAGGCCACGGAAGGUGUCAACGACAGGCUAAGGCGUGAGCUUGAGCGGCUGAAAAGGGCAUUGAGCAAAGCUGAGACGAUUGGCGCAGGCUCUGGUGCCAUCAGCCCCGCCAUUACUUCCCCUACUCGUGAUGAUGUUGGCAUUUUCCAUGACUCCAGCUCAGUCUCUGGCGGUUACAAUAGGGCAAGCUUCGCCAGCGCCAUGUCAGAAGAAAAGGAAAAUGGCGAAAUGGUGUACCCCAGAAGCAAGCUCAGUCCUGAACUUCGCUAUGGCAGCGUAACAUCUUCCGGGCGGGGCUCACCAGCCCGAGGCUACCGCACAUCUCACCCCCCUAGAGAGGAAGGCAUCGAUUCUGCGGUUCCCCCAAGGAGAGAACGACCUGUGUCAUCUCUUCCUCAACCCGCUGGCGGCGGUGAGAGUUGGCGCCGGGCUGCUGAGGUAACAAGUCAGUUGAAAGCCCGCAUUGAGCAGAUGAAGGCUAAGCAAGGUUUCGCUCGCCCAUGA